UAAAAUGUGAAUCACGUGUAUCUCUUUACCUAAUUAUUUUCCUCUGUUUCAUUCUGCAACAUGCUCCCUCUUCCUCUGUUUAAGUUUCCAUCUCUCUUGAAUUUGGAUUAUUCCAUUGACAUCAACAACAUGAACACGGAAACUACCAUAGAGUCAGGAUCAACAACGCCUUUCACUGAUUUUCUCAAUCGCAUGCAUCACCCUGCUUCCCUUGACCUCGUUCGAUCCAUCAAGAGCUUUAUAGUAUCAUUUUCAUUUUACCAACCGAAACCUGAAAAUGAUGGGAAAAGAGCUCAAGAUUUUUUUCUGUCAAUGGAAGCAGCAAUGAGAGAUCAUCCACUUUGGACAACUGCCUCUGAAGAAGACAUUGAUUGCGCCAUGGAGGGUUUAGAAAAAUAUAUAAUGAUUAAAUUGUUCUCUCGAACAUUUUCUGCUACUCCUGAGGAUGCAAAGAUUGACUAUGAAAUCUCUGAGAAAAUAAGCUUGCUCCAAACCUUUCUGAAGCCUGAACAUUUGGAUAUACCGCCAAUUCAUCAAAUUGAAGCCUCAUUGCUGCUUGCAGAGAAAGAAUUGCUGAAAAUCAAUGCCUUCAAAGCUCCCCAUGAGAAACUCUUGAGCAUUUUGAAUUGUUGCAGGGUCAUCAACAAUGUGUUAUUAAAUGUUGCAAUGUCGGAGCAUGUUCCAGCUGGGGCAGAUGACUUUCUUCCUAUGCUCAUAUAUGUUACGAUCAAGGCAAAUCCUCCAAAGUUGCAUUCUAACCUCAAAUUCAUAAAGUUGUUCAGAAGGCAAGCAAAACUCGUAUCAGAAGCUGAAUAUUAUUACACAAAUCUAGUGUCAGCAACGUCAUUUAUAGUUGACUUAAAUGCCAAAUCACUUUCAAUGGACGAAAUCAAAUUUGAGGAGAGCAUGCAAGCAGCCAAGUUGAUCAAUAAAGUCACAAAUGAAUCAUCCUCUACAUGUCAAAUGAGCCAGCAACAGAACAACGAGUGCAGUUGCUCAGAGAAAAUGCCCCACAAACCUGAUGCUACCGGAGUGUUUCAAGUUUUACAACAUGGAUCAAAUUAUCCUUACAUGGAAGCAAAGAGCAAAGGGCUAACAGUUGGAGAUGUGGACGUGCUAUUAAGUGACUAUAAGGAUUUAGUUAGUAAGUGCACAAUUAUGUGCAAAGCUAUUAGUUGUCUUUCGACAUCAGAGAGAGAACCCCUCCUUCGUCAGAUAGAGAAACAAAGUGCAGGAACUCUGCUUUCACAGCAUGCAGGGAUCAACACAGCCACCCACCAACAUAAUUAAUUUACAAUUAGAAUGCCACUGUUUGUACAUAUCUACCCUACAGUUCAUUAGAUGUGUAUGGGUUACUAGAAUGUUUUUCACAUUGUCAACCAAUCAGAAAUCAUUGCUGGUAUAACUUACGAUAAUUGUGUAUAUGAAAGUUAAUAAAGUUAUUAACCAUAAGAUCCAUUGAUCUGUUGACAACGCAAAUACAAUUGUUUUA